GUUCGGCGGAUGGGUUUUUAAAUCUCGCGAGAUUUUAAAUCAAAGAGGAGCCCACCCGGUCUCAUCACCGGUAGACGGACAGAUGGAGAGCUGGAACACCGAGUGAACCGACUGAACGGAACCAUGGAUAACAAACGCAGGUCAAUAUACAAAGCGGAGUAAGCAUGGGAGCAUGGCGUGGACUACGAGUGGCUUUCAUCCUGGGAUCUUUGUUUAUGAUCCUGCUGAUCAUCGUCUACUGGGAUGGCGUUGGGGGCUUCAACCUCUACUUGUUUCCGGACAUGAAACACAACUCACUUCAGUCUGGUUGCAGCAGACGGAUGACUAUGUCCACCGUGUCCACCGUUCAAUCACACGCCAGUUCUCCGAUUACAGCUCAUACCGCCACCAGUUCCUCACCUAUAGAAGCAGCUCAGAUACUAACAGAUGAGGAGCAAAUGAAGGAGGAAUCAGAGGAUGAGAGGAUUCGCUUUCCUGCUGAGGACAUGGAGCAGGAGGCCAGGAAGCAAAGGAUCAUGGAUGUGUGUUCAGGUAAAGACGUGAUGGAUUUUCCUGGAAGGACUCGAGCACUUGAUCAGAUCCCCAUCAGGGAACUGGAUCACCUGAUUGUGGAUGAUGCUCAUCAGAUAAUCUACUGCUAUGUUCCUAAGGUAGCGUGCACCAACUGGAAGCGAGUCCUGGUGGUGCUGUCUCAGUCUCUGAUCUCCCCCUCCACAGGAAAACCCUACACCGACCCUGAGGCCGUCCCUCCUGACCUCGUGCACAACUCUUCCCUCCACCUCACCUUCGCCAAAUUUUGGCGCCAUUAUGGUUCACUUUCCCGCCACCUGAUGGCGCUCAAGCUCCAGCGUUACACCAAGUUUCUGUUCGUACGAGAUCCAUUUGUGCGCCUCAUCUCUGCCUUCAGGAACAAGUUUGAAAGGCCUAACGAAGACUUCUACCGACAGUUUGGUUCAGUCAUGCUGCGUCGUUAUGGUAACGUGUCUGAGGACUUGGCAGAGACAGCUGCUGAGGCCUUUGCAGCGGGAAUCAAACCGACAUUUCAUCAGUUUAUCUCCUAUCUUCUUGAUCCAGAGACGGAGAGGAAAAGCAUCUUCAAUGAACACUGGAGACAGGUGUAUCGUUUGUGCCAUCCGUGUCAGGUGAAGUACGACUUCAUUGGACGACUAGAAACUCUGGAAACUGAUUCGAAGCAUCUUCUGAAGCUACUGAAGGUUGAUCAAUUUCUACGUUUCCCGUCAGGAGCCCGAAACCGCACAGAAACCAGCUGGGAAAGGGACUGGUUUGCACAGAUACCCCUGACUAAGAGGAGAGAAUUGUAUGAUCUGUAUAAACCAGACUUUGAGCUGUUUGGAUACCCCAGACCUGACGGCGUGCUCCACCGGUAGUAAAAAGACUCAGGACAUUGCCUGUCUGCAGGUCGAUGCCUUCUUAACACCAGUCUAGGAUGCUAUUGGUGUCUUUUUAUACCAAACCUCAAAUGAAAAAGUGCCUGCAAGUAUUAGUUUUUGUGAUCAUGUAAUUGUAGAAUGCAUCUGGCAACAAUUUUUGUUGUCAGUAUGUUUUCCUCAUGUGCAAGCACUUUGAGUCGUGCUUGUGAAUUGUGCUGCAAUAAGCUCUGAGGUUAAUUGUAGGAGGGAUCUGAUAUAAAGAGAAUCAUGGUGGAGAAAAGCCAAUUAGCUGCCUUUUUGUAAUUUUAUAGUAGAUUAUUAAAAAAAACAGAAAUAACACAAACAAAACCACACAUAAAUAUUGAUAUUUUUUUUUUCAUUUUUUACUUGAUCUAAAUUACUCACGUUGGGGGCUACUUUGCUUUGCACAGAUUAAAAGAAUGACAGAUAUCUUAAACCAAAGAUGUCCCAGAGUACAAAACCACAUGUACCUUGUUUUUGUUGAAUAUAGUCUUCUUGGGGUGCCUAAUGUAGCGUACCAUCAAGUCUGCGUCUUCCCUGACCUGCUUCCUUAUGUAAACCAUUAAUGUUGUAGUGGUCACGGAGAAACGGUUCAUUCUGAGAAAAACUGGUUUAACACGUCAUGAGCUUAGACAAACAUCUGGAUGUCCCAACCAUCUUCAACAUCAGCACAAUACUAACGUUGGUCAUGGCAAUGCUAACUGCAGAACAAUGGUCACCUAUGCUACUGCUAAUGUGGGAAAACAACAAAGAAGAAUGUUGUAGCAAUGCUCACAUUCCAGGGCUUUAUUAUGAGGUUGUGUUUAGGCAUUUAUCAGAGCUCCUGGGCCAUUGUGAGCACCAACAAUGUUACUUAUGCUACAGUAUAUAGAGGCUCAAAGAACAGUUCUCAAAAGUAAAAAAUAAAAUAACCUUUUUCAGGACGGAUUUUAUCAAAAUGCAGAGGAAAAUGUUGUAAAAGAAGCAACAAGCACAUUUACACAAUUAUAUUUGAGUACUCUACUGCAGAAGUUACGAGCAAAAGUGAUUUAAAAUACUUAUAGAAAGGAGGUGAUCUAGUAGAUUCACAUUUUAUUCAAAUAAAUCGAUAAAAACAGACACAACCUUGACUUGUAAAGUUGAUGAUCACUAAGUAAUGGGAGUCCUGAUUAUGGAAAAAGUUAAAUCUGUUUUUAAGAACUGAUAUGCUGUUUUAAAAAUGGUCAAAAUAAACUUUUUCCAAGUAGUAUAUGGACGGGUCCUCUGGAUUGUGAAAUAUUAAUAAAAACAAUUAAUCCCUUCA